CACUUUCCCGGGAAUCUGUCGGCUCGUUCCUUCCUUCGUCUCUCCCUCAGCUAUGCCAACCAAACUGCUCGUAGCUUUCUUUCUUCUUUCAGUUUUCCAAGCUUGCUCAAGAAAAAUUGACGACGAUGAGUUUGACGAUCUCGCAAUCAAAAACCAGAAGUGGGUGUUGGCUCCAACAUUGCAAGAUAGAGAUACGACAAAUAUUUUAAACAACUUGCUGAAGGAAUACGACAAAAAACUUCGUCCUGACAUUGGAAGAAAACCAACUGUUAUAGACGUUGAUAUCUAUGUCAAUAGCAUCGGCCCUGUUUCAUCAAUUAACAUGGAGUAUACCAUCGAUAUCUUUUUUGCUCAAACCUGGAUUGACAGUCGCCUGCGGUUCAACAGUACAAUGAAGAUUAUCACUCUGAACAGCAACAUGGUCGGUCUGAUAUGGAUACCAGACACCAUCUUCAGAAACUCCAAAAUGGCAGAUGCUCAUUGGAUCACCACACCCAAUCAGCUACUUAGGAUAUGGAAUGAUGGGAAAAUCUUGUAUACCUUGAGGCUUACAAUAAUCGCAGAGUGUCAACUCCAGCUCCAGAACUUUCCAAUGGAUGAACAUUCUUGCCCUCUCAUCUUCUCCAGCUACGGAUACCCGAAAGAUGAGAUGGUUUACAAAUGGAGGAAACAUUCUGUUGAAGCUGCUGAUCAGAAGUCCUGGCGACUCUACCAGUUUGAUUUCCUGGGCUUAAGGAACACGACAAAAAUUAUUGAAACAACUGCAGGGGAGUAUGUCGUCAUGACCGUCUACUUCGAUUUAAGCAGAAGAAUGGGAUACUUCACGAUUCAGACCUACAUACCAUGCAUAUUGACAGUCGUCCUUUCCUGGGUCUCAUUCUGGAUCAAAAAAGACGCAACUCCAGCCAGGACAGCACUGGGUAACAUUUCCUGUUUUAUUUCCAUUUCAUGCCCAUCCAAGCUACAUUGCUGCCAGGGUAUCACAACAGUACUAACAAUGACAACACUUAGCAGCAUAGCGAGAAAAUCACUGCCAAAGGUCUCCUACGUCACUGCCAUGGACUUAUUUGUCACCGUGUGCUUUUUAUUUGUCUUUGCGGCGUUGAUGGAGUACGCAGCCCUCAAUUACUACACGUGUUGCAGGAAACCUGCGUGCACGAGAAAGAAAAGAACAAACUAUUCUGUGCUGAACCUGGGGCCGUCCUCUUCAGUUAUAACCAUAAACAAUUCAAUGUACUGGCAGGACUUUGAGGAAGCCUGCGUCUAUGAAUGCCUGGAUGGUAAAGACUGUCAGAGCUUCUUCUGCUGCUACAAGGAAUGUAAAUCUGGCUUGUGGCGAAAAGGACGGAUCCAUGUAGAUAUUUUGAAAUUAGACACAUAUUCACGUGUGUUUUUUCCUACAACGUUUUUGCUAUUUAAUCUCAUCUACUGGGUUGGAUACCUCUACCUUUAA